UUCUCGCCAGCCGAAAAUCAAAACCCACAGGUGCAGAAAUCUUUCUUAUUUGCUUAUCUGAAGACAUUCUGUUGAGAGGUUUUAUUUGUUAACUUUGGCGAGUCUUCUACUCAAUAUCAACUCUGCUUCCGUAUUAUUCCAUUCACUUUCUCCUUCUAUAAAGUCGGCAAAAGUUGUGGGUGUCGUACGGGUUAUUUUAUUUUAAUAUAAAAUCUUGAUCGACAUUUUGUUAAAUAUCUACACAAACGUGCAGUCGUCUGCUUAAGCAGUCACUCCUUAAACUUGAAUAGUCACAACUUUCACGCCUCUUGCGAGACAGAUGGACGACUGACUCCAUCACCGCUGAAUGUCAGAGACUCGAACCCAGUCCUACAUCCGGGACCCAACGCUGACGUCAUGCGCUCUCUUGCACUUCUGCUGAUGACAAUCUAUUCGCCAAUCACAGUACACCAGGACAGUGCGCGUGCAGCCGUACCCACCUCCACCGCCACCCCACCGUCCUCGCGGGUACCGUAUCCGCUGUGCAGGGACCGCCUCGGGUACCUCCCGCAGCCUCUCUUCCUCGUGCACGCAUGCGCCAAGUGUCUGGGGUACCUCAUGCCCGACUCCAAGGGCUCCUUAAGGCCCUGGACCACCCCCAGUUCGGCUUCACUGUCCUGAAGUCAGCAGUCGAUGGCAGGGUGGUCACUCCUGACCCCGGGCAUCCUGAGGACAUGAAUGUGGUCUGUGCUACCUUGUCCAGAACCGACUGUCGAGACUGGAGAGACUGUUGUCAGGCAUCUCUUCAAUGUUGUGACCGACAAAUCAACAUGCAGUCUCACCGCGACUCAGGAAGAAACAAAAGUGUAGCAAACACCUCUGAGGUCAACAACAACAACCAUUGCCCUAUGACCUGGGACGGCUAUUCCUGUGUUGACUCCACUCCCGCCGGACAAACUGUUCACUUUCAAUGUCCAGGCUUUCUUAAACGGUUCAGCCCCGUUUUAAACGGAAAAGCAAACAAACGUUGUCUGGACAACAGCACUUGGUAUGUGGGAGCUGUGGGGCUGGAAUGGACCAACUACGAUUCCUGUUAUGUUGACUAUGAUCACCACACUAUCUUAAAACUCAAGUUGUCCUUCCUGGGCUUCAGCAUUGCGCUGCUCAUCCCGUCCAUCGCCAUCUUCAGCAUCACCAGACCUUUACGGAGCCAGGUGCGGAUUAAGCUGCACAUCAACCUGUUCGUGUCGCUGGCACUGUCUGGCCUGUGUUCAUUGUUGUGGGAAGCACUGGUCAGCGAGAGUAUAAUGACAGACAGCGCCAUCCUCCAUCACCAGGUGACCUGCAAGGUGUUGAACAUCAUGUCCCGCAGUUCCCUCAUGUCCACGUUUUUCUGGAUGUUCUGUGAAGGCGUGUACCUCACCUGGAUCAUGUUCAACUCCCUGAGACACAUAUCCUCCAUGACUUUCUUUUACUUCGUUGGUUGGGGCAUGCCUCUCCUUAUAACAGUGGUCUACACGGUUGUUCGUAUCACCAUCAAAAAUGACGAGCGGUGCUGGCUAGCUGAUGCCGGGAGACUGGAGUGGAUCAUAGAUGGACCCACAGUGGCUUGCAUAGCAAUCAACUUCCUGUUCCUGUUGGCCAUCAUGCGGGUGAUGCUGCGUCAGCUGCGGACCCAUCGAGAGGAUCGACCCCUGGUGGUGCGGAGCUUGAGGGCCAUGCUCAUCCUCGUCCCGCUCUUCGGCCUGCAGCAGUUCUUCAUCAUCUACCGACCCCAGCCCUUGACCAGGGAUUCUAUGUAUACGAGGUGUGCAGUGCAGCCAUCAUGAAUCUGCAGGGAGCUGUUCUGGCACUGAUGUUUUGCUUCUUCAAUGGAGAGGUGCGGGGUCAUCUCAAGACUCUGGUCCGACGUCUGAGGUUCAAGUUCAGUGGAGUCAGGUUGCAGCCCCGGACAAGCCUGGUCAGUGCCGUGGGUUCAACCCUGACGGUCUGGCGCCAGUCGCGAUCCUCCAUCGACACCUGUGGCUCCGCAGGUGUGGCGAGCGGCACCGACUACAGCCUCCGCAACCCCGACACCAACGGCGACAAUCAAACGAGCGUUGGGAACGACAAACAUGGCGUCAGACACUACAGUGAACUAGGAACUGUCGAAAAUGCUGCUGCUGCUACAUUUGCUGAUAAAAUGGACCAAUCAGAUGACGAAAAAAUCAAGACAGCUUUCUGGUCAAGAUAAUGUUGGUUACGUCGCUGAAGAUGUCCAGACUCUGGAAACAGUUUCUGACUCUCACAUUGUAGAAUCAGUUCCCAUCCACUGCAGGAACCAAAAGUGUGAUCAGGAAUCGGACAAAAUCUGUUUGGAAACUAUACAGCUAACUGUCCACAUGUGUUUAGGUUCUGUGGAUCUACCACCCACCCACCGGAAACGCCUGAGAGUAACGCAGCUUGCAAAACACAAGAUGAAGGCGGACAUUCUAAACUUCACGAAAGUGACAACAAGGACAAUGUUAAGCACAAUGGUGAAAAGUCGUCUUAACAACAACAGUAUACUCAGUUCUCUUUGGAAACAAAAGUAGACAUGAGAGAUAUAGGCUGAAAGAACAAAUCAUCAACCCGUCUACAAACCGAAUAUAGACAUUUAUAGAGGUCAGGACACGUCUAUGUCACGUGAUAUUGUUGACCUGACAUCUCUGACAUCAGGAUUAGACAUUCAUGAUGCUUGUUAGGUGCCAUUUGAUCCUCUAGCAAGACUAAUGGAGUCUCCUCUGGAAACUUCCGGUGAUAGUAGUGCUCCGCUCACAUUUAACAUUUUAAAAUCUUGAUAUAGUAAUUUUAAAUGUGUGCUGACAUGAACAUUGCUCCACAAGUCGUAUAGCCUCCACCCAGACAAUGUCCACAGAGGACUGCAACUUGGAAUUUUCUUAAUUUUUUUUUAUGUUCGGUUAUUGUAGUAUCUUGGCAACGCGCUGACAGUACAGUUAUGUCCAGACCGUGCAAUUUCUUCUCCCCAGCAAAAGACAGAUGGGUGAAGAUCCAGUUGGUCCGAGAUUAGCCAUGUCAUCUAACUAUCUUACAUCAUUGUUUCGACUUUUUACAAAUCUUUCCUCUACUCUUGGCCGUCCAGUUAAUUAAUUACAGACAUUGGAAUGUUAAAGUGUAUGAUGCUGCUUUGUUCUUACUUCAACUCCUAAACUACAAGGCAGCUCUGGACUUUUAAU